ACGCUCUCCCUGUCAGAAUGGAGGAACAUGCAUUGAUGACAAUGGUUUUGCACCACACGCUUCCUGUGUCUGCCCUUCUGGUUUUGCUGGCAACUUCUGCGAAAUAGAUAGAGACGACUGUGAAUCCAACCCCUGUGCAAAUGGAGGAACAUGUACAGAUAUUGGUGUGGACUUCAGCUGUUUUUGUCCCCAUGGCUAUACGGGAAAGCUCUGCAGCAGCCGUGUCAUAUUCUGUGCAAGUGACCCAUGCGAGAAUGGAGGGACAUGCAGUGAACAUCCCCAAGGAGGAUUCGAAUGCAUCUGUAAACCAGAAUUUGUUGGUUCAACCUGCAAGCAUCCCAGCAAAAACACAAGCCUCUCUGGAGUGAAUAUGGAGACAAAGCAUAUGCAGAAUUACAAGCCACCCCCAAAAGCUCAUCACAGAUCAGUGCAUCAUCAAGAAAUCCUGAAAAUAACAAUGAAAGAAACAAUCCAAAAUGCAGAUCCCUUGCUCAGUAGAAGCCAGGUGAUAUGUUUUGUUGUACUGGGCUUGCUUACAUGUCUUGUCGUCUUGGGUACAACUGGGAUUGUAUUUUUUUCAAAAUGUGAAAUGUGGCUUGCUAACGCCAAAUAUAGUCAUCUCCUACGCAAGAAAAAGAACUUUUUUCUGAAAUCUAACAAUGGGGAAAACCUCUCAGUUAAUAUCAUCUUCCCAGAGAAGAUCAAAUUGACUAAUUACACUAAGAACUACACUGCCAUCUAGGCCCUUGAAAGCCAAGCAGCAACUUGCAACUUGUCAUAGCAAUAUGUAAAAUAGAUUGACUGCCUGUGAUUGGCCUCAAUAUUUGUGGGUACAUUUGCUGUAGCUUGUGCUAAGUGAUAAUGAAGAAAUAUAAUGUAUUUGUAUUGCUAAGGAUUUUUUCAUUCCCCAAAAUAAAAGUUUAAAAAAAAAAAUAAAGAGCAGGGAAUGUUAAUUUUAUUUCUUUUCAAGGCAGCUAUUUUUUUAAAAUAAAAGGUAAUUUACCACUGGAACUGUAUUGCAGCUUUCUUGUCCUGUGCAUAGUUUAUUUGGCAAAUAUGGUACCUGUAAAUUACUCAGUGAUGCUUUUUUUUUUUUAAUAAACAGCAAUUAAGG